UCUGCCUCCUUCAGCAAGCCAAGAUCGAAGGUAGAAAGGAAAAAACUAAAACUAAAAUAAAAAUAAAAACAAAAUUCUCUGGAACACAGUUCAGAAGCCUAUAGGCUAAGCUUUCUUCUUCAAUCGCCAGACUCCAAGAACUGGUUCUCUGGUUACCAAAUCCUGAAGCAAAAGAUUUUUUUGGAAGAGAUAAAAAGCCCCUCUCGCCGGCCGCGAAUUUCUCUUCGAAGUUCGCCCAAGCACAACCAACCAUGAUGCUCAGAAUCCGCAGCCGGGACGGCCUGGAGCGGGUCUCCGUCGACACCUCCUGCACCACCGUCGGCCACCUCAAAACCCUAAUUCAGUCCCAGCUCCAAAUCCCCAUCCACAACCAAACCCUCUCCACCAACCAGAACCUCCUGCUCGCCAAAUCCCCCGCCGAUCUCCUCAAAUUAGCCGACAUGGCCGACCCGGCCACACCGCUCUCGUCUCUCAACCUAGCCCACGGCUCCAUCGUGUUUCUGGCCUACGAGGGCGAGAGGAGCAUCGCCGGGCCCGCGGUCUCCCCCGCCGGAUCCUUCGGCCGCAAGAUGACCAUGGACGAUCUGAUCGCCAAGCAGAUGCGGGUCUCCAGGCAGGAGAACCCGCAUUGCGAGUCGGUUUCCUUCGAUCGCGACUCCGCCAAUGCGUUCCAGCACUACGUCAACGAGACCCUCGCCUUCGCGGUGAAGAGGGGCGGGUUUAUGUACGGGACCGUCUCCGAAGAGGGGAAAGUUGAGGUGGAUUUCAUAUACGAGCCGCCUCAGCAAGGGACCGAGGAAGCUCUGUUGCUUUUGAGGGAUUCCGGUGAAGAAAAAGCUGUGGAUGCUAUUGCGUCAGGGUUGGGGAUGAGGAGGGUUGGGUUCAUAUUCACGCAGACCAUAGCGCAGGAUAAGAAAGAUUACACUUUGUCUAAUAGAGAGAUUCUGCAGGCCGCAGAGCUCCAUGCCGAGAGUGAGUUGAAAGAGUGGGUAACUGCGGUGGUGAAGUUGGAGGUGAACGAGGAUGGUGGUGCGGAUGUUCACUUUGAAGCCUUCCAGCUUAGUGAUACGUGCGUCAAGCUAUUCAAGGAAGGGUGGUUUGAGACUGAGAUUGGGCAGGAUGUGGAUCCCAAGUUAUCUAUCAUGAAGAAGGAUGUUGUUGUGGGCGUGAAAGAUGUCAAGGAGGUCGACAACGAUUUCUUCUUGGUUGUGGUCAAGAUUUUGGAUCACAUGGGUCCUCUUACAUCAACAUUCCCUAUUGAGAACAGGGCCACACAAGUGACAAUGAGGGCACUGAAGAAUCACCUCGAACGCGCAAGGAGCCUUCCAUUCGUGAAGAGGAUAUCUGACUUCCAUCUGAUGCUAUUCCUGGCUAGGUUUCUAGACCUCAAUUCCGAUGUCCCUGCACUUGCAGAGUGUGUCCUUACACAGACGACUGUGGCAGAAGGCUACCAGAUCCUAAUUGAAUCCAUGGCCAGCACAGCUUGAUCCCCCCUCUCGUCUACAACUGGGAUCGCAGAAUCCCCGUUUGCUUAAUCGAGGCCACGAACCAUUGUACAUCACUGUUUCUUCUCUUUGAUGAUGAUCAUGUGCAAUAGGAAGGGGCAUUUCGUUGCCUGGGAAAUUGAUUAUGUCCAUAUGUACUCAGUACUUAACAGUCUAUUUAUGAGCAUUCUUCUAGCGUCUUUCUUAAUAGCUUUAGUUACUUUCGGUUCAUUCGUGUGUUUGAUGUUCUGAUGAAUGAAAUCCUAGCUUGUUCUGAAGUUCAAUGUUCAUCUUAAUUGAGAAUAGUCGACUGGCUGCAACUUGCAAGCCACUCAAUCGUGGAUCCGCCAAUUCUCACUGCUAUAGUCAAUUUUCUCCUGUGCGUGUUUGCUAGGUUGAAACAAGAAGAGACAAUUACACAAUAAAAUAAAAUAAAAUAAAAUAAGAGAAUAAAAUAGUGACAAUAAAAAUUUCUCCUGUGUGAUGUUCUGAUUACUUUAGAUGGGAUGCAACAUGUGAGCUUUUAUGAUGUAUCUUUGAUCUUCAUAUCGUGGCAUCAUAAUCAUAAUUUUGAUUAUGUGAUUUCUCAAUAUUUAAUCGUAUAAUAAUGAAUCAGAUUAAGUUAUUUAUUUUUAUACAAUAUCAAUUUUCAAUUAUAUAAUAAAUUAAGUAUGAGUUUCGUGAAUGUUAUAUGUUAUUUGUUUGUAUAUUCAUAAAUUCUAAAAGUUGUUCAUUAGGAGUUCAUCAAAUACUGCUAUAGUGAUAAAUUUAAUAACAAGAAUACAUGGAUUAGCUGUAAUCUUAGGCUACUAAGCAAACAUUGGUGAUUAAGAUUUAGAGCUUGAGUUUGAUGAUUAAAGUCAACACUUAGGUUAGAGCGUAUUGUACGAAAGUAUAAACUAAAAACGGAGAGUGUAGCAUAAACAUGCCCUAAUGUAGCAAUGCAUUAUAGUUACUUUUUAUUAUCAUUUCAUUUCCAAAUAAUAAGAUUAAAAUUUUCUA